AUGUCGACAACGGUCAGCGACGACAAGGGACUGAGCGCGCUGCAACGCCGUGUGGCGGCAGCGGAGUCGUCUAGCCAGUGCUCGGCACCAGCGAACCCGCUCUGGGAUUUCUACGCCUGUGGGCUCGUGGACGAGAACGACGAGUGUUCGGACGGAGAAGACACGGAGGACGAGCGGGAGACCCAGGACUGGAUUCAGUUCCAGCGCCAACGCGCACAAGCGCGUCUCGCCAACGCAUGUCAACGGGAAGCCCGCGUCAUGCGCACCGCGAAGCACUGA